AUGGACCGAAGCCUCGACGAGAUCGUCGCUGAGCGACAGCGUAACUACCCUCCUCGCGGCGGAAGAGGUCGUGGUGGCCCUCCCAGAAGAGGUGGUCCCAGCAGCUACCCUCGCGACGGCGUCAGAAAGUCCACCAGAGAUGACAGAGCCAACCUGGACAACGACUGGGUCCACGAUCGAUACGAUGACGACCCACCUAGCGGUCCCCGUGGUGGUGGUGGGAGAUCCAGAGGAAGACGCGACGAUCUUUAUGACAGAGAUGACCGUCGAAAUGAUCGAGACGAUCGAGAUAGCGGUAGAGACCGCGAACCGCCUCCGCCCGCCAAGAUUCGAGUCGAAAAUCUACACUACGACUUGACCGAGGACGAUCUCUACGAACUGUUCAGCCGCAUCGGCCGCGUCUCUGAUGUCAAACUUCGCUAUGACCGAGCCGGCCGCUCAGAUGGCCAGGCAUUCGUCAGCUAUGAGAGACUCAAUGAUGCCAACAAAGCUAUCCGCGAGUUCGAUGGUGCAAAUGCCAAAGGCCAACCAAUUCGCCUGGUUCUCAUGCCACCACCACGCCGCGACAACCCUUUUGACCGUGUUGAGAACCCUCGCAGUCUAUUCGACCGCAUCGAGGCCCCACGUGCUCGAAGACGCUCAGAAAGCCCCAUCUCCGACUCCGACGAUAGGAAUACUCGUCGUGGCAACAGACGUGGUGGUCCCAAUGAUAGUAGGCGCAGCGACACCACCAAGCCAGCUCCCGACAACAUCGACAGAUAUGUGCCGGGCCAGAACGGCGGUCGCAGUGACAGCAGACGAGGUGGGAGGAGACCGGGAGAGCGCCGUGAACGGGGCCGAGGACGUGAUGAUGGCGGCCACAAGCUCGUUGGCGGUCGUCCAAGAAAGACGCAGGAAGAGCUCGAUGCCGAGAUGGAUGACUACUGGAAUGGAAAUGCUGGAGCAAAUGGUCAAAGCAACACUGCUGGCGCCAACGCUUCAGCUACAGCUCCAGCCCAGAACAAUGCUGCGUCAGCCGAUGCAGAGAUUGACAUGAUGAUUGAAUAG